CUCUCUCUCUCUCUCUCACACACAAACUCUUUCUUUCUCUCUCUCUCUCUCUGCAACUUCAAGCUCGUUAAUGGCGUCUCAGAUCUGAACAGUUCAAUCGCACCACACUACUUCACUCUACUCAUCACAAAACGACACCGUUUUACCUAGAUUUCGCUGUUGUUUUUCAUUAUGAAGAGAAUGGUGUGUUCGUUCCCUGAGGAAGUGCUGGAGCACGUGUUUUCGUUCAUUCAGGUCGACACUGACCGGAACGCAAUCUCGCUGGUGUGCAAGUCGUGGUACGAGAUCGAACGGUGGUGCAGGAGGAAAGUCUUCGUCGGGAACUGCUACGCGGUCAGCCCGAUGAUUGUCAUCAAGCGCUUCCCGGAGGUGAGAUCCAUCGCGCUCAAAGGGAAGCCGCACUUCGCGGACUUCAAUUUGGUUCCGGAAGGUUGGGGCGGUUACGUGUGCACGUGGAUCGCAGCCAUGUCACGUGCUUUUCCUUGGCUUGAGGAGAUCAGGCUCAAGAGGAUGGUCAUCAGCGACGAGAGCUUGGAGCUCAUCGCUAAAUCCUUCAAGAACUUCAAGGUGCUGGUUCUUACCUCGUGUGAGGGUUUCACUACUGAUGGACUUGCUGCCAUUGCUGCCAAUUGCAGGAAUUUGAGGGAGUUGGACUUGCAGGAAAGUGAGGUGGAGGACCUUAGUGGGCAUUGGCUAAGCCAUUUCCCUGAUUCCUACACAUCAUUAGUUUCACUUAACAUCUCUUGUUUAAGCAAUGAGGUGAGUUUGUCUGCACUAGAGCGCCUGCUUGGUAGGUGUCCCAACAUGAAGACCCUUCGCCUCAAUCGUGCUGUGCCGCUUGACAGAUUACCCAACCUACUUCGCCAGUGUCCUCAGCUGGUUGAGUUAGGGACAGGAGUCUACUCAGCUGAGAUGAGACCAGAUGUGUUCUCAAACCUGGCAGCAGCAUUUUCUGGGUGCAAGCAAUUGAAGAGCUUGUCUGGCUUUUGGGACGUGCUCCCAUCCUACCUUCCAGCUGUUUACCCUGUCUGCUCUGGGCUAACAUCACUAAACUUGAGUUAUGCUACUGUCCAAAGCUCUGAUCUUGUCAAGCUUAUCAGUCAAUGCCCAAGUUUGCAGCGGUUAUGGGUGCUGGAUUUCAUAGAAGAUGCUGGUCUUGAUGUCCUUGCUGCUUCAUGCAAGGAUCUUAGGGAGCUGAGGGUGUUUCCAUCUGAUCCAUUUGGUUUCGAACCAAACGUUGCAUUGACAGAAAGGGGCCUAGUCUCUGUAUCUGAAGGCUGCCCCAAGCUCCAAUCAGUUUUAUAUUUUUGUCGUCAAAUGUCGAAUGCAGCCCUGCAUACAAUUGCGCGGAACAGACCUAAUUUUACUUGUUUUCGCUUGUGUAUCAUCGAGCCUCAAGCUCCUGACUAUCUUACCCUUCAACCAUUGGAUUCAGGUUUUGGAGCAAUUGUAGAGCACUGCAAGGGUCUUCAGCGCUUAUCGCUAUCUGGUCUUCUUACUGAUCGUGUUUUUGAGUACAUUGGGACUUAUGGUAAGAAGUUGGAGAUGCUAUCUCUGGCAUUUGCUGGAGAUAGUGAUUUAGGACUACAUCACGUUCUAUCAGGGUGUGAUAAUCUUAAGAAGCUAGAGAUCAGAGACUGCCCCUUUGGUGACAAGGCCCUCUUGGCAAAUGCUGCAAAGCUGGAGACAAUGCGAUCCCUUUGGAUGUCCUCUUGUUCAGUUAGUUACGGAGCGUGUAAGCUGCUAGGUCUGAAAAUGCCCAAACUUAAUGUUGAGGUUAUUGAUGAAAGAGGACCUCCAGAUUCAAGGCCAGAUAGUUGUCCUGUUGAGAAGCUUUAUAUAUACAGGACUAUUGCUGGUCCAAGGAUGGACAUGCCUGGUUUUGUAUAUAGAAUGGAAGACGAUGAUUCUGCUCUAAGGCUUGAGUGAUCAUACCGUUAUAAAUCUCCGGUGGAAAAUUCUUAAUCCCAGGUACAGGGUCAGUAUGGAAUUCUUUAAUGAGUUUCAUGUUUCCUGGCUUUAUGUAGUUGUAGUUAUGGUUUGUGGUUGAGCUAGGUACAUGGGGAAGUUCAAAGAAGACUUGAGCUCUAUUGCCAUUGAUCAUCUUACAAUUUGGCUGAGCCACGUGAUGCCAGUUUACUGAAAUAAAGAGACUGAAACUAUGUUGUUGUAUGUGCAUUAGAUAAGAUACAAUUGUCAUAUUAUUCUUCUUCUGACUUUAUAAUAUUUGGGGACUUCAAUUAAUGCUUCAUGUUAGCUCUGUCACGCGUAGCAGGAUCUUGGAUACUUUGCUAGCGUUCCCAAUGAAUAAUAUUCAUAUUCUAUUGUAGUAACCUUGUGACGCAUUUAUGUCAUUGCACCUUGCUUUCUGUUGUAUUUAAAUUGAAACGAGCCAUCGAGUUCCAAAGCGUGUAAUGUAAUCAAGGGAAUGGUUGAGGUAUUUUAAUUUGCUUU